GUUGGUUGUUCAUACAAUUCGUUCGUCUUUUAAGGAAAUUGGUGUUGGGGCUGAACGCCUUAGAACAUUUCCGCUUGAAAUUCGCUUCUCGAAUAAGUAUUGGAAAUGGCUCCUAAACAACGCAUGCGAAUUGCCAAUGAGAAGGCCCAGAAAAAUGUUGUCAUGCGCGGGCAAGUUCCCAAAACGCUGAAAAAUCAAGAGGACAAGUAUCCAGUGGAUCCAUGGUUGCUCGGGUUGUUCAUCUUUGUGGUUUGCGGCUCCGGGUCUGUGACUCGGGGUGAUGAUCCCUGGCGGUCGUCGAAAGUGCCGCUGGAUCGCGCUCGUGUGUGCAGUUGUCUUGAUAUGUCUCCUUGGUUACAGGUCACAAGUUUCAAUGAAGCUUUGAGAUUAAAAUCUCAGUCUUCAACCCUUGCGAGCUGGCAAUACUUCAAUGAAAAGAAGUACGUGUUCAAGCAUGGUAUUUUACCCGGGGAUGACGUGUAUGCAAAGAACAAAUUCAAUCAGAGGGAGAGUGAUAGACUUACGAGCGAUCGACCGAUCCCGGAUACUAGGAACGCGAAAUGCCGAAAUCGAAAUUGGAUGGAUGUGGAAGAUCUGCCAGCGACGUCUGUAAUAAUCACUUUUCACAAUGAAGCUCGUUCGACUUUGUUGAGAACGAUUGUGAGUGUGCUCAAUCGAAGUCCAGCUCAUCUCAUCAAGGAAAUCAUCCUAGUUGAUGACUUCAGUGAUGAUCCUUCAGACGGUGAAGAAUUGGCUAUCUUGCAGAAAGUUCGAAUAUUGAGGAACUCCAAAAGAGAAGGACUGAUGAGAUCAAGAGUUUUUGGUGCUGAUAUUGCGACUGCCGAAGUUCUGACGUUCCUUGAUAGCCAUUGUGAAUGUAAUGUCAACUGGUUAGAGCCCUUGUUGGAACGUGUGAAGGAGGAUCCAACGCGAGUUGUAAGCCCUAUUAUCGAUGUAAUCAACCUCGACUCUUUUCAAUACGUUGGAGCUUCGUCCGACCUCCGUGGUGGAUUUGAUUGGAAUUUGGUUUUCAAAUGGGAAUUCAUGCCCCCAGAGGAACAAAAGAAACGGGCUCACGAUCCAACUUUACCAAUUCGAACGCCGAUGAUAGCGGGUGGUCUUUUUGUGAUGAAUCGAGAGCAAUUCAAUCGCCUCGGAAAGUAUGACGUUCUCAUGGACGUUUGGGGAGGAGAAAAUUUUGAACUGUCCUUUCGCGUCUGGCAGUGUGGCGGUUCAUUGGAAAUCAUCCCCUGCAGCCGAGUUGGUCACGUUUUCAGAAAGCAGCACCCGUAUUCAUUCCCUGGUGGUAGUGGGCAAGUUUUCACCCGGAACACGAGAAGAGCUGCUGAAGUUUGGAUGGAUGAUUACCGACAAUAUUAUUAUGCUGCAGUUCCUGUGGCGAAACAUGUCCGUUUCGGGAAUAUCCAAGAGCGAUUGGCGUUGAGGCGUAGUUUGAAUUGCAAGCCGUUUUCAUGGUAUAUAGAAAACGUAUACCCAGAAUUGAAAGUGCCACAAAAAUCGGAUGCGGCUUUCGGGGCGUUACAGCAAGGCUCAAAGUGUCUGGACACGAUGGGAUUACCUCAAGGAUCUCCGCUUCAAAUGUAUCCUUGUCAUAACACGGGUGGAAAUCAGGACUUUUCAAUGACGAAAGAUGACAUAAUCAAGCACAUGGAUAUGUGUUUAACAUUGGCUUUAAGGGAGAAGCCGAAUGUUUUCUUGAUGCCUUGUAAAGACGACGAAAGUCAACGGUGGACCCGAAUGGAAGGCGGAACAGUAAUUAAGCACGUAUACCACGACUUGUGCUUGGAUUCUUCUGAUAGCAAGAAUCGGGGCGUUUUUGCAAUGCCGUGUCAUAUCGGCUACUUGGGCCAGCAGUGGCGAUUCUCCUUGAAUGAGCUGUAAUGCGCAAAAGUGCAUGAUUGUCUUGCCGGCGCUCUGCAAAACUUGCCGAUUCGUUAUCCUGUUGGCUGCACCAAUUGUGAUAUUUCAUGCAAUCACAAGUCAUUUUCCUGUUCCUUUUCUGAUUAUUGACGCAGAGGAAUUAUUGGAAUUUUAUUCGUUCUCCGGAGACGGAGAACAAAUUGUGAUAGAUCCCGAAGGAGAACAUUUUCUUAUGUUUCGAAAUGCAUUUGGUUUGACUGUUCUGCUCUUGCUGAUGCUUCAAGUUUGUGAUAAUGCGUGUAUCCUCGUCAAAGGUCUCCUAGUCAUGUUUGGAAUGGAAAGUUUGUAGAAUUUCCCCUUUGUGCCAAAUUUUGUGAUCACUUGCAUAUUUCUUCUAUUGUUGACGAACAGCUUGCCGAAACUGACAAAGCGUUGUCUUCAGUGCUCAGCUUCAGCUGGGUUAUUCGACAACUUUUUCGUUAUUACUACGUUGUACUACUAAAGGGAAAUGGAGGUCAGCCUUGGAAUUCAUGUAAUGGCCCUCCCUGUAAAUAGUUAUCCGAGUGUGCUUUGGUUACAGGUUGUUUUGAUUUUUCCUCAACUUUGAAAAUAACAAGAUUUGCAUGCAUUCACGUGUUACGUCAAUCCUUGCUUUAUUUAAUUCGGGAAGUUCGUAGCAGUUCUCGAUGGGGAGCGUCGGAGAAUAUAAUUAUUUUUAUUGCUACAAUUUGUGGGAGCACAUCAUAUGUUCGUGCGUCAGAGUGCUGUGAUCUGACUUCCUUCAUUGAUUUUUAAAUUUUCUUCGUGACCUUAGUACCUGAUGUUCUCAUUCUUGCGUUUUGGGGGUUUCAAUUUUCUUGAUGCUUGCUUUGUUCGUGGAAAAAAAAAAUGCACGAUCCUCUCAACCGAA